CAACUCAUCUCCAGUAGGCCCUCCUCGACAAAGACAGUGCUUCAAUUUCAGCCGUCAUCCGUUACACCUCACUGCUGCUCCCGCUGUUUCAGUCGUUCCACAGAUCUGAAAAAUGGUCGAUCCCGAUACAAAAAUACAUCCGCGUCCGCGAAGAAGUCGAAGGAAGCCCCAGUCAGACCAACGCUUUUCUGCCUAUUUGAGCUUUGGCUUCUCAGCCACGGUCUGUCUCGGAAUUUUCGCGGCGUGCUAUGCCUUGGUACUUUUCGGUCUGUGUCCACUACUAAAUCAAGCGUCUCCAUUAGUUACACCGACUCAUCGCGGUGAAAUUUUGCAGCCUGUUGUACAUUCGGCUGUGGAGUCUGUUAAGCAUCACAUUCCCCACUUACCUGGACAGAUGAUUGCUGAAAGUGUGGCGGGUAUAGUGAAACGAAAGAUCGCAGACAUGCGCAAACAACAGGAUGUGACUGAUACGUCCUUGAUGGAAAAGGCUACAGAAGAAUUUAAUCUUCUUCGAAAGCGUCGAGAUCAGAAAGGCGCACGCCAGGCGAAUGACGAAAGUGCCGCCGAACCUGCGCAACUAGCACCCGGCAAACGAUCUGGCUUUUUGGUAUUGGGCAUGCACCGGUCGGGUACCAGCAUGCUGGCGGGUCUCAUGGCGACCGGUCAAGGUUACAACGUGGGAGGUCCACUGAUUGGCGGUGCGUUUGACAACGAGAAGGGGUUUUUUGAGUUAGUUGAUGCAGUUCUGCAGAAUGACGAAUUUAUGCAGCUUCAGCGAAUUUGGUGGAGUUCCAAUGUAAUAAACUACGACCACGAAAAGGCCAUUGUCGCCAAGAGGAAUGGAAAAGUUUCUUUCGACCACGGCGAAAAGGCGCUGGCUUUCUUCAAUAGUCCAAGGAAUGCUCCAUACUUGCAAAAAGACCCGCGAAUGUGCAUCACCCUCAAGACUUGGCUGCCCCUGCUGAAAAGUGAACCGGCUGUACUUUUUACCUACCGUCAUCCUUUGGAGGUUGCUUUGUCCCUGAAAAGGCGUGAGAAAAACUUCACUUUGGAACACGGUCUUCGCCUCUGGAUUGUUUACAAUAUGAGGGGUGUUGAGAAUUCGCAACAACUUUGCCGUGUUUACAGCAGCAAUGAAGCAAUUCUAGCUGAUCCAUUGAAUGAGGUGAACCGCAUCUCCAGCGAGCUGACGUCUAAAUGUGGCAUUCCCCCACCGCCGGAACAACUCACGCAGGAAGACGUAGACAAGUUUGUGGAUCCAGAUUUGCAACACAACAAAAAGAAACGCGAAGCCGACGACGAGAAGAAAGAAAUAAUUGCCAAGCACGGCACCUGUACGGUGAGAGACUACGAAAGCAGUCUACCGGAAGGAAGUCCUGAUUACAAAC